AUGACAGAAUGUAUGUCAGUUUCACAUUCAAAAACAUCCAAAGAGUGCAUCGGUUUAAGUGCAGGAUAUGUAAAUGGUAUGAAGGAUAUCAAAGGAUACCACAGUGAUGGGUGGACCUAUCAUUUAGUUUUAGAUAGUCGAUGCCCAAAAAGAAGUGGUUACGUCUAUAGUGAAACGAUUCAGAGUUGUUAUAAGAUUCAUGGUAAAGAUACUUCAUUGCAGUCUGCAGAGUAUGAUUCAAAAUGUGGUCUCGAAGGAGCGGAACUGAUGAGAAUAGAUUCUGAAGAGAAGCAGGUUUUUAUUGUUACAUUUCUUGAUUAUCUUGAUGUUACCAGUUGGAUAAUGUUUCAAGGAUCACAUCUAAUCGCAGAAGAGCAUUGGCGAUACAGUGAUGGAUCAAUCAUUACUUACUUCAAUUGGCAUUCAACACAACCUGAUUCAAGUGGUAACCCAGGUCAGACUGAAGUGAUUGGUAUGAAAAAGUUUGAUGGUUAUAAAUGGCAUGACCUAUGGUUGAAUUAUAAAGGCGCAUUUUUAUGCGAAAAAAGAAUUUUUGAUUGACCGAAUAUUUCUAUUUAAAAUUUUCGAAAACAAACAAUACAUGAUUUUAGAAAUAUCCUCU